CCGAACCUGUUGGUUAAACGAUCAAUUUGCUACGGUUCUCUGGAGUACGUUUCCAGGCAGCGAUGGGUUCACUAUUUCUCUCUGUACUGCUCGUGCCGUUGCUGUGUCUGCUGGUUCAAGGUCAACGAAUAUCGGAAACUAAGUGUUCCGAGUAUCGCAGUCAAACGAUUUCGAUCGCAUCCAUCAUCCCGCUAACGUUGAAUCCAAAACCGAUCACGUAUCGAAAUUUCAACUGUUCCAAAACGGUUGAUCUCAUUGUGGGCGGUGAGUCGGCCAAACCGGCAGAAUUUCCUCAUCAAGCUCUUCUCGGGUGGCCAAAGGAAGACAACCAGGAUGAGUUUGAUUUUCGCUGUGGAGGAUCGCUAAUCAGUGAGCGCUACGUGCUGACGGCGGCUCAUUGUUUCAAAAGUACUGAUCCGUUGAUUGUUCGUCUGGGAGAGUACAAUUUGCAGAACGAUUAUGACAAUCAACUGGACGUGGAUAUUGAGUCCAUCACGAGACACCCGGAGCACAGUUUCCGCAGUUCCUAUCACGAUAUUGCUUUGGUAAAACUGAAGGAACCCGUACGGUUUUCCAAGAUCAUUCGGCCGGCAUGUCUGUGGACGGGACUUGAAGUGAAUGUUUCAUCGGUGAUUGCUACAGGAUUUGGACUGACUGAAUUCGGUGGUCAAGGUUCGGAAAUUUUGCGAAAGGUCAUGUUGGACUUUCUGGAGAAGAAAGACUGCGAGGAUCAGUUUUUAGGUUCAAGAAGCUUCAAGCGAGGUGUGAUCGAUGAACAGCUGUGUGUCGGAAGCUUUCGUGGUGGAAAAGAUACAUGCCAGGGAGACUCCGGUGGGCCAAUCCAGGUUAUAACUGAACCCAAGGGAUGUACGUAUCACGUGCUCGGAGUAACAUCGACCGGGUCGGCCUGUGGAGUCGGCAGAUCACCUUCGAUUUACACUAGGGUCGCGAGUUAUGUUGAAUGGAUUGAAGGGAUUGUGUGGAAGUGAUCGGGAAUAAUAGAAGGUUUUCAAAUAUUAACUCUUGAAAUAUACAAUCAAUUUGAAACAAA